AUGCUCACACCUCCUCCUCCCUCACGCUUGGCCCUAACCUCCUCCUCCCUCACGCUUGGCCCUCACCUCCUCCUUCCUCACGCUUGGCCCUCACCUCCUCCUUACUCACGCUUGGCCCUCACCUCCUCCUCCCUCACGCUCGGCCCUAACCUCCUCCUCCCUCACGCUUGGCCCUCACCUCCUCCUCCCUCACCCUCGGCCCUCACCUCCUCCUCCCUCACGCUUGGCCCUCACCUCCUCCUCCCUCACCCUCGGCCCUCACCUCCUCCUCCCUCACGCUCGGCCCUAACCUCCUCCUCCCUCAUGCUCGGCCCUCACCUCCUCCUCCCUCACGCUCGGCCCUCACCGUCUCCUCCCUCACGCUCGGCCCUAACCUCCUCCUCCCUCACGCUUGGCCCUCACCUCCUCCUCCCUCACGCUUGGCCCUCACCUCCUCCUCCCUCACGCUUGGCCCUCACCUCCUCCUUCCUCACGCUCGGCCCUCACCUCCUCCUCCCUCACGCUCGGCCCUCACCUCCUCCUUCCUCACGCUUGGCCCUCACCUCCUCCUUCCUCACGCUUGGUCCUCACCUCCUCCUUACUCACGCUCGGCCCUAA